AUGGUUGGCACAGGUGUGCCAGACACGCUGGACAAGGAGUCUGCUGUUCAUGCGGAACAUGCUGAGGAAAAUGCUCUAGCCAUCCUCUCGGCGCAGGUGCGGUAUGACAAUGGGAAGAUCAGGGAUCUCGUUCGUUCGCCGUAUGUCUUUGGCGCCGCGAUGCUGGCAUCGUUUGGUGGAUUUUCCUUCGGCUACGACCAAGGCGUCAUCUCAUUGAUCCUGGUCAUGGACCAGUUCCGCGAGACCUACCCCGAGACUUCACCAGACAGCCCUAGAUACGGGUUCCACACUGGAUUCAUGACGGCGAUGCUUGAGCUUGGCGCCUUUGUGGGCUGCUUGUUCUUCCCCGCCAUUGCUGACAGAAUCUCUCGAAAAUGGGGUCUCACUGUUGCGACAGUGUUUUUUGUCGUUGGUGCCAUCAUCCAGACUGCGUCUCUGAAUUACGAUACACUUGUCGCUGGUCGAUUCAUUGGGGGUAUUGGCGUCGGAACCCUGGCUAUGGGAGCACCCUUAUAUAUCUCAGAGGUUGCGCCUCCAACCUGGAGAGGGUCACUGCUCGUCAUGGAGGCUAUUAGCAUUGUUAUAGGCGCUAUAGUAGCGUACUGGGUGACAUAUGGGACGAGAAUGAUAGCCGGAGACUGGGCUUUCAGACUACCAUUUCUCCUCCAAAUCGUCCCCGCGCUCGUCGUCGGCGGCGCAAUUCACUUGUUCCCCUUUUCUCCUCGCUGGCUGGCCAUGCGAGGUCGCAAUGGGGACAGUCUCACAGCAUUGGCACGCCUCCGCCGCCGUCCUGAACAUGAUACCCAAGUUCAACUGGAAUGGAAGGGCAUCCUUGCCGAGAUUCGCUUCCAGGAUGAGAUGCUAGAACGCGAAUACCCAAAUCAUAAGGACCAUGCGAUAAAGACCGAUCUUCGUCAAUGGCUUGGUCUAUUCAACAAACGAUACUUUCGCCGCACACUUGUCGCCCUGGGUAUUCCCUUCUUCCAGCAGUUCUCCGGUAUCAAUGCGUUUGUCUACUACGCGCCAUCCUUUUUUGAAGCACUAGGGCAAGAAAGAGAGGCCUCGCUGAUCCUAUCCGGGAUGAUAAACAUUAUCCAAAUGGUGGGCGGUAUUCCGGCCAUGAUGUACCUCGAUAAAGUCGGUCGGCGCACCCUCGCUAUCUGCGGGGGUAUCGCAAUGGCAAUACCCCAUCUCAUCAUGUCUGGCAUGAUGAACCGUUUCAGCGCUGACUGGCCUGGCCACCGAGGUGCUGGGUGGUUUUGUGUUGCGCUUAUCUAUCUAUAUGUCCUCUUCUACGCAGCCUCUUACGGCCCACUCGCCUGGGUUCUACCCGCAGAAGUCUUCCCCAGCUCAAAGCGUGCAAAGGGCGUCGGCGCCGGAACGGCGAUGAUCUGGCUGGCCAAUUUCAUCAUCGGCGUGGUUGUACCCGAGAUGUUGAUUUCACUGGGCUGGGGGACGUUCUUGUUCUUCGGGUUGUUCUGUGUGGCUGCUGCUGUGUUUUCGUUCCUCUUUGUUCCUGAGACUUCGGGGAAGUCGUUGGAACAGGUUGCGGCUGUGUUUGGGGAUAAUCUUGCUGAUGAUGAGCGGCUGCUGCAUGCGCGCGUUGCCAGGGAGGUGUUGGCUGAUCCGAUGGGUGGGAUGGGGGGUAAGGUUAUUGUAGACGAAGCGUAG